AUGGACGAUUCCGUCCCUGAUACCCCCGUGAGCGAUAGGAAGAUUGUCCAUAGUACUCCUCCGACCGCCGUCAAGGAUGAUGCUGAAUAUGAGACUAUCGCCACUCUUCCGCUGCCCGCUCAACCCUUCCAAUCACUUGCGACACAAUCGUUGACCCCUGCUUCCCAGCGACUCACUCAACCAACACAAAUCAUUGAAGUCCCUCAUUCAGUCAAAAGUAACGUCCAAGUUGCCGCUUCUUCUCCCCUAGGUCCGGCGUCCUCGCCGUCCCGUCCUGCCUCGCUGGGAGGUCGCCUUUCCAAUUCGAUGGCACCUCCUGGAACACGAUUCUGCCCUCCUGCCUCUGCCGGACCUGCGAAACGUACUCCUCUCAUAGAUCUCGACGACGACGGUCCAACAUACGUUGGUGGAUCUUCCGACGAAGACACCCAGUUGAAAAGAAGCACGGAUAUCAAACCAUCUAUGUUUACCAAGUCUUCGCGAAGUCCCGAAAAAGUUAUGGAUUCCCCGGUGAGCGCCAAUUCUUCGUCUUUUGAUCGGUUCAAGGAGAUCACCUCCUCCGCGAUCUACAACCCUAGCGUCAAACGCCCUGCUUCUCAAAUGGACCCGACUCCCAAAGGAAUCCCCAUCAAAAAGUCCAGGCAGAGUGGCCCUUCCCGCGCUCAGCCAGUGGAGGUGACCGUUAUGUCAUUGCAAGAUAUUCAGGACUACCAGAUGCGGGUCAAAGUGGAGAGAAUGUUGAAAGUGAUGCCGCAGAAGUCGGUCCAAGCUUGCAUGCAAGCUCUUGUGUUCAAGCGUGGCAAUUAUGAGGAUGCAUUGGAUCAUCUGGCAAAUACAGAGGAACAAGAUGCACCUGGUUCAUCUGACGAUGAAUUGACUACAGCUCAACAAGCCGAACAAAUCGCACCAGCGAAGCAAAACAUUAAAGCCCGAGGGACAAUCCAGGAUAAGUGGUCGGCCAUGAACCUGCAGAAGAACUUGGCAAGCCAGAGGGCCCAAUCGCAGUCACAACCACAAUCGCUGGACGAAGAAGAAGCGAAGCCACGGAGACGCUUGAUGAGAGGACCAAAGAAUCGUGUCGUUUCCCCAAGUCCUUCUCGUUCCGAAACUCCUCCCAAGAAAAAGCCCGGGCGAUUGGUACAGGGACGGAAACAGCCUUCGCCCGCACGUUCGGAAUCACCUGAAGCACCUCUGAUCAUAACUGAUGACUCUGAUUCUGGUGUUGACGAUAUAUUGGAAAAUGGGGAAUCGGAAAUCAAGGUUUUAAGGUUCAUCAACACGUGCCAAGCUGUAGAGCUUGCAGAUCUGGCCGCAACGACGGAGGAUGUUGCCCAAGUCAUAAUCUCCCACCGUCCAUUCCGGUCCCUAGAUGAGGCCCGCGCUGUACCCGCCCCAUCAACGGAGCAAAGCUCAAAGCCAAAGGGCGCCAGGGGACGGAAGACACCAAAGCCAAUUGGUGACAAAAUCGUGGACAAAUGUCUCGAUAUGUGGGUGGGUUAUGAAGCGGUGGAUUCAUUAGUCGCCAAAUGUGAAGCCCUUGGACGGCCGGUUGCAGCAGAAAUGAAGAAAUGGGGCGUUGAUAUCUUUGGAAAGCGGGACGGUGAAUUGGAGCUCGUAUCAAUUGACCGAGAGUCGCACGAUUCUGGCAUCGGGACACCUGCUAGCCAGCGUACCGACGAGGAUAGCGAUAGUCCUGCGUCCGGUUCACGCAAGACUCGUUUCAUUCCUCAACCCAGGAUCAUGAGUGACGAUCUGAAGAUGAAAGAUUAUCAAAUUGUGGGGAUUAAUUGGUUGUCAUUGCUGUUUGAGAAGCAAUUGAGCUGUAUUCUGGCCGAUGACAUGGGACUUGGAAAGACAUGCCAGGUCAUUGCCUUUUUGGCGCACCUGUAUGAAAAGGGCAUAAAGGGACCGCACUUGGUGGUUGUGCCUUCGUCAACAAUCGAGAACUGGCUUCGGGAGUUUCAGAAAUUCUGCCCGACAUUGUCUGUCAUGCCAUACUAUGCAGGGCAAGCAGAACGCGCCUUGAUCCGCCAGACUAUCGAAGAUAACCGCGAUGACAUCAAUGUCAUUAUCACCACCUACACUGUCGCAAAGGCCAAGAUUGACGCCCAUUUCUUGCGUAACAUGGACUUCUGUGUUUGUGUCUAUGAUGAAGGACAUAUGCUCAAGAGCAGUACAUCAGUCUUGUAUGAGAAGCUGAUACGGAUUCCGGCCCGUUUUCGACUUCUCUUGACCGGUACGCCGUUGCAGAACAAUCUCCAAGAACUGGCCUCACUACUGGGCUUCAUCCUUCCAAAGGUCUUUCAAGAGCGCAAGGAAGACCUUCAGUAUAUCUUUGCAAACAAGGCAAAGACAGUGGAUGAGUCGCACUCCACACUUCUCUCGGCGCAGCGCAUUGAACGGGCCAAAUCCAUGCUCAAACCGUUUGUACUGAGGCGAAAGAAGCAUCAGGUCAUCGAUCUGCCUCGGAAGAUCUCUCACGUUGAGUAUUGCGAGCUGAAUAGCGCUCAGAAGGAGAUCUAUGAACAUGAAAAGGAAGAAGUUCGUCAGCUCCUGGCUGACCGCGCCGCUGGAAAGAAGACUGGCAACAGGUCCGCCAACAUUCUGAUGAAACUUCGACAGGCGGCUAUACAUCCUCUGUUAUACCGGCGUCACUACACCGAUACCAUCCUCAGUCGUAUGGCCAAGGCCUGCUUGAAGGAGCAGCAAUGGUCUCAAUCCAACCCAGACAUCAUCUUCGAAGAGCUGCAAGCGUACAAUGAUUUUGAAUGUCAUCAGUUGUGCGUCAAUCACCCUCAUUCCCUCGGAAAGUUUGCUCUCAAAAACGAGGAGUGGAUGAACUCCGGGAAAGUUGACAAGCUUUGCGAGUUACUCAAACGGUUUCAAGAGAACGGGGAUCGAACACUGGUGUUCUCCCAGUUCACUCUGGUUAUGGAUAUCCUCGAGCAUAUCCUUGAGACUCUCCAUCUGGGUUUCGUCCGAUUGGAUGGUCGGACGAAUGUAGAGGAUCGUCAGUCCAUUCUCGACGCUUUCCAUGAGCGAACCGACAUUCCUGUAUUUCUGCUUUCGACAAAGGCCGGUGGAGCGGGAAUCAAUCUGGCCUGUGCGAACAAAGUCGUCAUCUUCGAUUCCAGCUUCAACCCACAGGAAGAUGUGCAAGCGGAGAACCGAGCACAUCGUGUUGGGCAGACCAGGGAGGUAGAAGUCAUCCGUCUUGUCACCAAGGACACGAUCGAAGAGCAGAUCUACGCUCUUGGUCAAACCAAGUUGGCUCUCGACCAGGCCGUUGCAGGCGACGAAACCGAGAGCAAGAAGGGUGAAGAAGCUGGAAUGAAGGUCGUGGAGGAUAUGCUUCUUGCAAAGCAAGAGGAGGCGAAGCCUGAUGGCACGGACGCCUGA